CGGGCACUGUGAUGCUGCUGGGCCACUGCUGGCCCAGCAUGUCUGUCUCUGGCCCCCUCCCUCGCAGUGUGUCACAACCGCGGAGGCGGCCGUAUCUGGAGCAGUUGGGGUGGGCAGGCCCAGCUGGGAGGCGAGCGGGCGAGGAGAGCGGCCACGAUGCGGGAAUGCAUAUCAGUUCACGUGGGUCAAGCUGGAGUUCAGAUUGGCAAUGCCUGCUGGGAGCUCUUUUGUUUGGAACAUGGCAUCCAGGCAGAUGGAACCUUUGGCACUCAGGCCAGCAAGGUCAACGAUGACGACUCCUUCACCACCUUUUUCAGUGAGACUGGAAAUGGAAAGCAUGUGCCCCGGGCUGUCAUGGUCGACUUGGAACCUACUGUAGUCGAUGAGGUGCGGGCAGGAACCUACCGCCAUCUCUUCCAUCCCGAGCAGCUGAUCACGGGGAAGGAGGAUGCUGCUAACAAUUACGCCCGUGGACACUAUACGGUGGGCAAGGAGAGUAUCGACCUGGUACUGGACCGUAUCCGUAAGCUGACAGAUGCCUGCUCCGGCUUGCAGGGUUUCCUCAUCUUCCAUAGCUUUGGAGGGGGCACAGGCUCUGGCUUCACGUCUCUGCUGAUGGAAAGACUUUCCCUUGACUAUGGCAAGAAGUCCAAGCUAGAAUUUGCCAUCUACCCAGCACCUCAGGUGUCCACAGCAGUGGUGGAGCCCUACAACUCCAUCCUGACGACCCACACCACCUUGGAACACUCAGACUGUGCUUUCAUGGUGGACAAUGAAGCCAUCUAUGACAUCUGCCGCAGGAACCUGGACAUCGAGCGCCCCACCUAUACCAAUCUCAACCGCCUCAUCAGCCAGAUUGUAUCCUCAAUCACUGCCUCUCUCCGCUUUGAUGGAGCCCUCAAUGUGGACCUCACGGAGUUCCAAACCAAUCUGGUACCCUAUCCCAGAAUUCACUUCCCGCUGGUCACUUACGCACCCAUCAUUUCUGCUGAGAAAGCCUACCAUGAGCAGCUGUCUGUGGCAGAGAUCACCAGCUCCUGCUUUGAGCCCAACAGCCAGAUGGUGAAGUGUGACCCACGUCAUGGCAAAUACAUGGCCUGCUGCAUGCUCUAUCGAGGUGAUGUGGUACCCAAGGAUGUCAAUGUUGCCAUUGCUGCCAUCAAGACUAAGAGAACCAUCCAGUUCGUUGACUGGUGUCCCACAGGCUUCAAGGUGGGCAUCAACUACCAGCCACCCACGGUUGUGCCAGGAGGGGACCUGGCUAAAGUCCAGCGAGCUGUCUGCAUGCUGAGCAACACCACAGCAAUUGCAGAGGCCUGGGCCCGUCUUGACCAUAAAUUUGAUCUCAUGUACGCCAAGCGGGCCUUUGUACAUUGGUAUGUUGGAGAGGGAAUGGAGGAAGGAGAGUUUUCGGAGGCCAGGGAGGACCUGGCUGCCCUGGAGAAGGAUUAUGAAGAAGUGGGGACUGAUUCAUUUGAAGAGGAGAAUGAGGGGGAGGAAUUUUAAAUAGACACCUGCCCCAUGACUGUGUCUCUUUGUUUAUGUCACUCUAAGCAUGUUGGGUUCAUCUCCUAGCACUUUAUACAGACAGACAGACAGACAGACAGACAGACAGACCAGCAGCUGUGCCUGCUCACUCCCCGUUUCUCCUCUUAGCACGCUGUGCUUACUAUUCUAUGGGAAAAGGAAACCCCAGAAAGAGAAAGUGACAGGCUGGCCUCUCAGCCCCAGCCCAGUUCCUGUCCUCCACAGAAGGAGGGCUCCUGACUCAAGUACUCAGGCAAUGUGACAGCCACAUGGGUAGUGAGCACACAGGGGACCCUCCCUGGAAUGAGAAUAACUUCAUUCCUAAAGGAUGAGAGCGAAGCUGAACGGGUCACAAGCACAGGGUGGGUGAGGAGGCACACGGGGGAUCUUUAGUCUAGGUAGGUUCGGCUUAUCAGUCCCAGGGCAGGGUCGGCUGGUGGAGGAAUGGGAAAACUCCAGGAAAACCUCUGGAAAUGCCAUGGAGAGAGCAAACAGAAGCUCAUGAAAGCAGAUCUGCAGCACAGCCCUGAGCUCGUCUGGAUCAAUCACAUCCAUUCACCAAGUGUUUGAAUAGCUUCAUCCCUUUCCCCUUCAGGGGUGCAACCCAAGACCCCCACUAGGUGUUGACAGCCACCACGGAGUCCUGACCUUGUUUGUAUGUGUGUGCUUUUCCAUACUUACAUUAUGAAAUAUAAUUUCUAUAUCAGCACAGUGAGAGAUUGACAGGCAUCACCAAUGCAAUAUAACAGUUACAACAAAACACUGCAAUAAAAAUUAUGCAAAGACUUGGGGUGUAGUUCCAUGAUGAGAAGGAGCUCCGCCUGUGUGAAACCCUGGGUUCAUUUUCUAUACUCAGAUAACAGACCCAGAGCAGCAGAUGUGCCUGCUUGCUUCUGUUUUCUCAUCUGAGGAUGCUGUACUCCCUCUUCUGUGGGAAAAGGAAACCACAAGAAACGAAAAGUGAAAAUAGUGGUGCCUACAGUCUGUGCUCUGACAGAGGCACCAUCCUAAGAGCUAGAGUUAGAAAUACGACAGUCCCCUACCUCCCUAAAUGCAUUUCAAAAGAUGAGGCCUCUUUAGAUGGUGUUUAGAGAUUUCAAGCAGCAAUGACAGUAUCUGGAGUGUCUUUGUGGGCUAGUGGGGCCCAGAUAAAAUGAGCCCAGAGAUAAUGGGCAUAGGAAACAGCGGUUUGAAAAGAAGGGACCAAGUGUGGGUCUGACAGCAAGAGUGGAGCUUGCUAGGAGGGUGGGAAGUCAGGCAGGUGCCAGGGUUUGUUUAUCUUCAGAGAGCAUCAUGGAUGCUUAGAUGUCUCCUAAGUGAAACAUAAGCACUUGAAGGCUUGAAGAAGGCUUCCCCUGCACCUCAUCUUUUAUACACACCUUCUCCAGCGCUCUCAACACUCAAGAUGGAAUUUUGGUCAUUCUGUAGAGACCCUGAGGGAUGGAGACUCAAUUGCUAGACAGCAAGGUGGAGUUCAGCUGGGUCCCAACACCAGGCCCCUCUCCGCUGUUUGACUCUUGUGCUUCUGGGUUCCUCAUGAAAUAGCACACAGCAGAAACAUAGCUCCAUUUGCCAAGGAGACGCGGUGCCUCCCUGCAGCCGGCACUCAGGAUUUCAGGAGCGAUGGGAAGACUGUUAUUGUUUAGUUACCCGUGAGACCUCCAGGGUUGAGCCCCGUUAUGUUAUGGGUCCUGUGCAUCAAAUGCACAGCUCUUCAAGUCUGUUCCCAGAAGGGGUCUAGCCAGUUCCUUGGAAGCCCUGACAGAAGCAGAAAAGAUGUGCUGCCAGCUGCCUCCAGGGAGCCUGCUCUCUCGCCCUUUUGUGCAGGAGAGCAUGGUGCUGAAGGAGCAGGGCCAGGUAGGUCUGUUGUCUGUGGAGGCGUCUGGCAAGAAGAGAACACAGAGCGUGCCCUUCACGGAGACGGGCUUUCCACUUUCCAUAGCUGUCUGUGGUAGGGAGUGGUCAGCCACUGUCAGGAAGGGGCAUUUUCUCUACUGACAGAAGCGAGAGAGGGUCGCUGACAGAUUCAUACCAACCUGACCUCCAGUCACAACAGUGAUGCUUCAAAGGUGUGUACAAAGGGAGUGGGGGCUCAGGGGAGUCAGGAACCACCCUUAGGGGCCUUUGACUGAAACUGUCUCUUCUUCCAUCUUCCCUCAUUUGUUUGGGCCCCUGGGUACCUCUAGGCCAGCUCCACUUUUAUGGCCUAGCUCAGGAGGUGGAAGCAGUGUUGUUUUAGAACUGGGGGUUGGUAUCCCCAGUUAUUAGAGGAUGGAUAGGGGAAUAGGAAUCUGCCAUUUCCCAGGGCAGGUAGCUUGUGAGUCUUAGCCUGUCACAGAUCAUCUUGAGGCUUCCUAGGAAGGUGAAGUAGGGGGCUGGAGAGAUGGGUCAGUGCUUAAGAAUACUUCCUGCUCUUUGGAGGACCUGGGUUUGGUUCCCAGUACUCACAUUCGACAGCUCACAGCCUGUAACUCCACUCUAGAGAAGCUUACAUGCUCUUCUGGCACCUGUACACAUAACACCACACAAACACAUACACACACUCACAUACAUAGACACACCAUACACACAUACAUAUACAUAACCCAUAUCACAUACACAUCCACACAACACACCCACCAUAAUGCAUACACCAUAUGCCUACACAUAUACACACCAGAGAUAUACAUACCACACACAUACACAAUACAUAUAUACACACAUCACACACACAUCCAUACCACAUACACCACACAUGCACCAUAUACCACAUUUGCAGUGAGUCUUGAAUUCUCAACAAGAAACACAGGCUUCCAGCCCGUGGGCAGAAGUCAGCCUAGGUUCCAAACUGAAUCUAUGAGGGCAAGGUGGUACAUCCAUUUUCUCUGAACUUGCUGAUUCUGCAAUCAGUUUGAUGAGUCCUUGUAUUGGUCAGGGUUCUCUAGAGGAACAGAAACGUACAGAAUGAAUAUAUUUGGGACUUAUUAGAAUGGCUUACAGUCUGUGUGUGUGUGUGUGUGUGUGUGUGUGUGUGUGUACAUAUAUAUGAAGUUUAUUAGAACGGCUUACAGUCUGUGUGUGUGUGUGUGUGUGUGUGUGUGUGUGUACAUAUAUAUGAAGUUUAUUAGAACGGCUUAUAGGCUGUGUGUGGUCCAGCUAGUCUAACAAUGGCUGUCUACCAAUGGAAAGUCCAAGAAUCCUGUAGCUGUUCUGUCCGCAAGGCUGGAGUCUCAGCUGGUCUUCCGGAUACGCCAGAAUUCCGGAGGAGGAGGCUCCAAUGCCAGUGGAGGAAUGGACUUGCCAGGGAGAGCGAGGGCAAGCAGGCCGAGAGCAAGCUUCCUUCUUCCCUGUCCCUUACAGGCUGCCAGCAGGUGUGGCCCCGAUUAAAGGUGGAUCUUUCUACCUCAAAAGAUCAGGAUUAAAAGUGGGUCUUCCCUGCAGGGUGAUGGUGGCGCACGUCUUUAAUCCCAGCACUCGGGAGGCAGAGACAGGCGGAUCUCUGUGAGUUCGAGGUCAGCCUGGUCUACAGAGCAAGUUCCAGGACAGCCUCCAAAACAAUACAGAGAAACCCUGUCUCAAAAAAAAGUGGGUCUUCCCACUUCAAAUGCUGUAAUUAGCAAAAUAAAACCCCUCACAACUGUACCCAGCCAUGUGGAUUUUCGUUAAUUACAGAUCUAGUGACGAUGACAACCAAGAAUAGGCAGUAGGUCCGCAUAGUCUGACUUGACUGCAGUGGCAGGGGGCGUGGCCUCUCAUGCAAACUAACAGGAUUGGAGCCUCCCUUCUCCUCCCCUCCCUUCCCCUCCUCCCCUCCUCCCCUCCCCUCCUCUCCUCUUCUUUCCUCUUCCCUCCUCUCUCUCCUCUCCCCCUCUUCCCUCUUCUCCUCCCUCCCUCCUUCCCCCUUCUCUCUGUGUUGCAAGACCUAACUCUCCACACUAAGAAAUAACACAAAACAAACUGCCCCAGCACAGUAUCAUAAAUCCAGGAUGGCGGGUAUCUUGAAUUUCUACUUCCAGCCAUUUGGCUCAUGUUUAAAGUGUUGGUUAGAGCAAUUGGAUAAGAAAAACUAGAGAAUAAUCUCUACUGUGAUAUUAUGGACCAUCUGAUAAUACUGUGUAAUCAAUGACAAUCAGAAGGGUUUUGGAAUUUGUGUGUAUUAUUGUUUAUAGAUUCCUGUUUGAAGCUUUGUCUGUAGGACUUAAUAUUAUUUUCUUUUAAUUUCCCAUAUUGGAAAUUUAUGUCUUCUAUUUUUCUUUGUUAGUCAUGCCUGCUGGAGAUUUUUAAAGAGAACAGACCUCCUGUUUUAUUAUUUUCUCACUGUUGUGUAUUUUUUCAAUUUCAUUGACCUAUGUUCAUAUUUUUAAUAUUUAAUAUUAUUUGGUGCUAUAAAGCUCUAGCUAGCUUAGAGCUCACUGUAUAUACCAGGCUGCCCUGGAAGUUGUGGUGAUUCUCCUGCCUCUGCCUCUUGAGUGCUGGAUUUAAAAGCAUAUGGUACAAUGCUUGGCUUAGUUUCUUGUAGUGAAAUCUUAAGUGAUUAAGACUUUAGCUUUUUUCCCCUAAUAUAAACACUUAGUGCUAUACAUUAGUCAUAGUAGUAGCAGCUUUAGCUGUGCCCCAUAAGCUCUGAUGGGCUGGACCUGAUGUGGUCCACCUUAGGAAAUAGUAGGUGCACUUGCAUAGAACGUGUAUUGUGCUGUUGUUGGAUAAGGUGUUCUAUAAGAAUCAUCUAGAUCCUGCUGGCAUUGAGCUCUUCUGUUGUUCUUGCUCAUUUCUGUCUAGCCGUUUGUGUGUCAAUCAUCGAGAUUUCUCCCAGUGGAAAAACUUUUGCCUUAUGUAUUUGGAAUCUAAAUACCCAUCUUGUUGUUUAGGGUUUCUAAGUCUUCUUGGUGGGCUGACCCUAUAUAAUGUCCUUUUCUUUUCUUGCAAUUCCACCACUCUGAAACCUAUUCUUUAUUACAUUAAUGUAACCCACAAUCCUCAUUUGCAUUUGAUGUUUGUGUGGUAAAUCAUUUCCUCCACCUGUGGGGAGAGAUGAAGUCCUUAGUGAAUGUGUGCCUCAGACCCAUGGGAACGGCGAGGCCUUCCCUAGCUUUGAGUACAGAUGUUGACAGUGUGUGUAGAGUACAGACCACAGCUUCCAGUACAGACCGUGGCUUCCUCUCCCAGGUUGGGAUACCGGCAGCCUGAGACUGCUCCCCUAGAGACUGGCUACUAAGGUUAGCUAACCUGCCCCUUCCUUCCUGAUGGAUAUAAUGCCAUCUGAAUGUCCAUCUGAGUGCACCGUCCACUGGAUCCCAGCUUUUCUGCAUGUGUGUCUGUUGUUUCUUCAUUACCUCAAUUAGGUCAAAUCCAAAACUGUGCAGGUCUUGGCACCCGCCUAAAUUACUGCCACUUUCUUGUGACCAAAUACUUGCCAGAAACAAAGAUCUGCUUUGGUGCCUGGUUCUGGAUGAUUUCAGCUCAUGGCAGCAGUAGAAUGUGAUGGAGGUACUUGUCAUCACAGUGGACCAGGAAACAGCAAAUCUACUGCCAGAGGUCAAACUUUAAAUGCCCACUGCUUCUGGCUCCUUUUCCUAAAGGUCCCGCAGCACCCAGAAUAUGAGCUUGUGGAAGCGAUUUCAGAGUCAAACCACAACACAACCUAUAGCAUGUGUGUGUGUGUAUGUGUGUGUGUGUGUGUGUGCACCACAACACAACCUAUAGCGUGUGUGUGUGCACUGUUUUUAACUCUUAGAAACAGUCAUGUAUAUUAAUUAUAAAAAAUACUAGGUUUUAUUGUGACAGUUUUAGACAGGGCUAUAACAACCUUAAUUAUUGCCUUUAUUAUUUCUCCAAGUUUUCUUUCCACUCCCCAGUAGAUAUUUGUGUAAUCUUUAUUUUCUCUAGGAUGUAAACAUGAGAGAAUCCAUGUGAUAUUUGUCUUUGUGAGGAUGUCUUAUUUCGCUUAACAUGAUGAUUUCCAGUUUCAUCCAUUUUCCUGUAAAUGAUGCAUUCACUCUUCAUCAUGGCUAAUACACAACUGUGUACACGUGUCAUGUUGUCUUUAUUCAUUCGUAUGUUGAUGGACACCUAGGCUUAUCCUAUGUCUUGGCUGUUGUGAAUAAUGCUGAAAUAAACAUGGGUAUGGAGAA